CCUCCGGGCACCCCCUCCUGCCUGCGCCUUCAGCCGUCGCCAUCGGCGACGCACCAACAGCAACAGCGACGACAAGGUUUCCACCGUCCGGCGGGUCGCCGUUGCCGUGCGCGUGCGCCGGGCUUGGGCGCAGAGCAGAGCCGCUCUCGUUUCGUUCACCCACCACUGCGCCGCGGGUCCUCGCGGGCACCGUCAGGGCGCAGCGCGCGACGCGCAACCUUGGGGGAAACGCUCCCGGGAACACCCGUGAAAAGUCAAUCCGAGUCCUGCUCGUCCUCCCCUCCCCUUCCCCUUCCGCUCCCCCGUCGCGUCUGAAGACUCCACCGCCCGCACGGACCCCGACGACGACGCGCUCCGCCCGCCCCCGCGACGCGGCUAAGUAACCUCCCCCCUCCUCUCCCUCCCUUCCCCGGACGCGUCGCUCGAAUCCGCCGCGCUGCCUCCUGCUCGGUUACUCCUCCGCGCGCCUCGCUCGCGCUGCACCAUGGGCGCGUCGUCGAGCCGCCGCCGCCGGGACGACUACUACCCGCCGCCGCCCCACUACUCCUACCCGCCCCCGCCUCCCCCGCCGCACCACCACCACCACCACCACCCGCCUCCUCCACCGCCGCACCACCGGGCGCCCCCUCCGCCGCCGCCGCCGCCGGCCGCCUCCUCGUACUACUACCACCCCCACCCGCCGCCCCCGCACGCGUACCACGGGCCGUGGCACCCGGCCCCCGCGCCCCCGCCGCCGCUGCAGCAGCCGCAGCCGCCCGCGCUGACGGGGCCCCCGCCCGAGUACGUGGAGCACCAGCAGGCGCAGAAGGUGAAGAACUACGUCAACCUGCACAAGGACACCAUCAGGCUCGAGCCCGACGGCGCCGACCCCGACCGCCGCCUCGUCGCCUUCACCUUCGACGCGGUAACCGACGGCAGGGUGACUAUAUAUUACUUUGCCAAGGAAGGAAAAGACUGUAGUUUUUCUUCAGUAUACCCAGAAUUACAGACGCUAACAAAAAUACCCUUCCAGAAAGGGUUAGCCCAAAGGUUCAUCCAGCCCUCUGGAUCUGGUGUUGACUUGGGAUUCUUUUCUCUUGAUGAGCUUUCAAAUCCAUCAGGGGAAGUAUACCCUCUGGUAGUUUAUGCAGAAGCAUAUCCAUCUCCAGAGGAAGGUGGCUCGUCAGUAAACUCCACUCGUGCACAGAUUACGCUUGCUGUUUUGGAGAAGCAUAACAAUGACCUUCGAGUCAAAGUUAUCAAGCAAAUCUUGUGGAUUGAUGGAGUGAGGUAUGAGCUACAGGAAAUUUUCGGUCUUGUCAACUCCACAGAAGCAGAUGUUGCCGAUGCUGAUGCUGAUGACAUGGGAAAGGAAUGUGUUAUCUGCUUGACAGAACCAAGGGACACUGCUGUUAUGCCUUGUAGACAUUUGUGUUUGUGCAGUGAAUGUGCAAAAACUCUACGAUUUCAGUCAAAUAAAUGCCCCAUAUGCAGACAGCCUGUUGAAAAACUAAUGGAGAUCAAAGUUAGAAGUCCUGAGCCAUAAAGGAGACUUUGCUGGGUCCUCUGCUGUGCUGAGAAUCUGAGAUUAGUGGAGUGAAAAGGUGAGUGAAGUUCACUAGUGCUCCUGAACCUAGCUUAAAUAUGUUAAGGUCCUUCAUUUGUGAUCUGUUGCAUACAUACACAUAUUUGUAAUGAACUUAAAAAGCUAUGUACCAUCCACACACUGAGUUGAUGUUUAUGUGGAGUAAGUAGCUCCACCCCACCCCUGAUUGUGGUUGUGGCAUAGAGUUAGUACGUACUGGAAAAACGUGGAUGAAAUUGGUGGACUACUCCAUUAGUCAAGACACCCAUAUUGUUUAAGCUAUGAAAAAACAGCAUGAAAGAUCUAAACCACUCAAAGUUGUCAUUUGAUGUGCCAUACAUAUUUACCCUCGAUUACAUUACCCUGCCGUAAAGUUUUACCUACCUCUUUGUGAAAUGCAAUGGAGAUUGGUUUUUGUCUUUUUGUUACAUUUCAUUUGGUGAUUCAGUCCUUGAGUAAUCUGUAUCAUUCAGUGAAUCUAAACUCAAACUUUGGGUGUUUGAGUUACUAGAGUCAGAUGAGCAUCUGGAAUAGAUCUCCUGCAAGGCUGCAAAUCAUAUAACAACUACUCAGAUCUUAUUAGUUCAGUACCACCGCAGUUUUGGCAUAAUUAAUGUUAUUUUUAGCAUAUCCUAUGCCUACGUGGAAUACCGAAGAUUGCCUGGCCAUAACUAACAUUAACAAAA